AUGAUAAUAAUAAUAUGGCGGGAGCCACAUUCAAAAUACCCGCCGGCGGGUACUGGGUUCUUUUCGUGCUGGGCAGUGAUUGGUGGAGGCCGACCCAGGAGCACCGCGCCGCCCGGGGGACGACCCAGGAGCACUGCGCCGCCCGGGGGACGACCCAGGAGCACCGCGCCGCCCGGGGGACGACCCAGGAGCACUGCGCCGCCCGGGGGACGACCCAGGAGCACCGCGCCGCCCGGGGGACGACCCAGGAGCACCGCGCCGCCCGGGGGACGACCCAGGAGCACUGCGCCGCCCGGGGGACGACCCAGGAGCACUGCGCCGCCCGGGGGACGACCCAGGAGCACUGCGCCGCCCGGGGGACGACCCAGGAGCACCGCGCCGCCCGGGGGACGACCCAGGAGCACUGCGCCGCCCGGGGGACGACCCAGGAGCACCGCGCCGCCCGGGGGACGACCCAGGAGCACUGCGCCGCCCGGGGGACGACCCAGGAGCACUGCGCCGCCCGGGGGACGACCCAGGAGCACUGCGCCGCCCGGGGGACGACCCAGGAGCACCGCGCCGCCCGGGGGACGACCCAGGAGCACUGCGCCGCCCGGGGGACGACCCAGGAGCACUGCGCCGCCCGGGGACGACCCAGGAGCACCGCGCCGCCCGGGGGACGACCCAGGAGCACUGCGCCGCCCGGGGGACGACCCAGGAGCACCGCGCCGCCCGGGGGACGACCCAGGAGCACUGCGCCGCCCGGGGGACGACCCAGGAGCACCGCGCCGCCCGGGGGACGACCCAGGAGCACUGCGCCGCCCGGGGGACGACCCAGGAGCACCGCGCUGCCCGGGGGACGACCCAGGAGCACUGCGCCGCCCGGGGGACGACGCCAUACAAGACAACGGCGCCUCGCUGCGCAGGCACCUGUGA